CAGAACGAUUCGUGCCAUGGCGUUCGGGAGGCGACUUUGUGUGGAUUUCCCCCCCGCAGCGUGAGAGAUCGGGCAGAGAAUAUGAGCCAAGAGUGACCGGAGAAGUAAUGGAGGGCGUCUUGGCGGUCAACGCCUCCAACAUCAGCCAGCCCGAGGACGCGUCUGAGGCGGGCUGGGGCGCGCACAGCCUCGCCUACCAGAUCGGGCUGGCCUCGCUCCUUUCCGCCAUCACGUUGGCCACCAGCCUGUCCAACGCCUUCGUCAUCGCCACCAUCUCCCAGUCCAAGAAGCUCCAGACGCCCGCCAACUUCCUCAUCGCCUCGCUGGCCGUCACCGACCUGCUGGUGUCCAUCCUGGUCAUGCCCGUGUGCGUCCUGUACACGGUGAUCCACGAGUGGACGCUCGGCCAGGUGGUGUGCGACGUGUGGCUGUCGUCGGACAUAACCUGCUGCACGGCGUCCAUCCUCCACCUGUGCGUCAUCGCCCUGGACCGCUACUGGGCCAUCACGGACGCGGUGGAGUACUCGAAAAAGCGCACGCCGGGGCGCGCGGCCGGCAUGGUGGCCACCGCCUGGGUGAUCGCCAUCUCCAUCUCUCUGCCGCCGCUCUUCUGGAGGCAGGUCAAGGCGGACGAGCUGACCAGCUGCAGCGUCAACACGGACCACAUCUUCUACACCAUCUACUCCACCUUCGGCGCCUUUUACAUCCCCACCCUGCUGCUCAUCGUCCUCUACGGGCGCAUCUACGUGGAGGCGCGCAAACGCAUUCUCAAGCAGUCCCCCAAGAAGAAGAAGAAGGCGGCGGGCAAGAGGCUCACCACCGCGUACCUGCAGGCCACGGGCUCCCCCGGCUCCAACGCCUCCACAAGCCCCUUGCAGGGCGGCAGGCACGACGCGCCGUCCUGCAGCGACACCAACUCGUCGACCAGCGACAACCAGGUGAAGGUGACUCUGUCGGACGCGGCACUGGAGAAGAAGCGCAUCUCGGCGGCGAGAGAGAGGAAGGCCACCAAGACGCUCGGCAUCAUCCUGGGGGCCUACAUCGUGUGCUGGCUGCCCUUCUUCAUCUACACGCUCGUGGUGGCCGCAUGCGACGCCUGCGUCAUCCAGGAGCUCUUUGACUUCUUCACCUGGCUGGGCUACCUGAACUCGCUCAUCAACCCCAUCAUUUACACCAUGUCCAACGAGGACUUCAAGAAAGCUUUCCACAAACUGGUGCUCUUCAGAUGCUGCAGAGGGUGACCCUUCAAAUUAUUAUUAUUAUUUUUUUUUGUCAAUACAAGCAGAGGCCAUAAAUAACAAUUCAAAGCCAUGGCGGGUGGAGAGGAUGAGAAAAAAAAGAGACAUUCUUGUCAGAGGGAAUCCACGGAUUCAUUUAUUAUACUGGAUAUGACAUUGCUGCUAUCACGCACUUGGAAAAAGUAGAUUCAUGUACUAAAAAAAAAACAAAAAAAAAACCCGACAUCCAUUGCAGGGUGACUGUUGUCGUCAAGCAUAAAAAUACACCAAAAAGCCACCCCCCC